CAGGUGACCUAAACGCCAUUGUUGUGCACACCUGAAUGUGCCCGCCUGCCCUUGCCAUUUGACUUUUGGACCUAGGAGGUAGCGGUUGCUCAGUCUCCGCCUUUACUAACACACAAGUCAGCCCCCCUCUUUGGUUUUCCUUCAUUUGCGCCCCGGUGAUUGGAGUUGACUUUUGUUUUCUAAUUUUUGUCCUCUCUUCACCCAGAAUCAUCUCACCAACAAACCUGAAGGCUUACUGGUUUUGACGGUCAGCGUUACCCGAAGACUGAUGGACGUCAUUCUCGAGGAAGUUGGAAUAUGAAAGGAUGCCUUCAGUCAAGGAAAAGUGAGGCUGCUGCACAAGCGUGAACUUUGGUAGUUCUGGUUUCUAGUUUACCGCCCCGAAACCAAUGGCACGUGUUCGGGCCUUCAUUGCUAUGGUUCUUCUUAGCAGUUUCGUCCUCGUUUUAUUCUACUCCACGCUGAACCUGCAGCCAUCGCCUAACCAUAAGGUCUCGGCGGAGGACAUCCGUGUCGUGGUAGUUAAGGAUAUUAUUGCUGAACUCCAAUCUCAGCAGGACAGCACCGUCCCUCCUCACUUUGAUGAGUCGAACGUGUCCGUUUCUGCCGACGUCACGGAGGCUGUCCCCUGGGAUGUGUCUGUUUCCGCCAGCUUCAGAAAAGACAUCCCACAGACCGAAGCUUACUGGAACCGCCUGCUGCAUAACGCCCUCAGGCAGCUGGACAAGGGGGAACGCUUGGAUGAUGCGGGCUGGUCUCAUUGCAUGGAGACGAAUCAGGAGGUUCUCCAAACCAAUGUGCACGACUUCAGUUCCUACCCCGCCUUGCACCAGGAGUUUUUGCGAGGCAUGAAAUGCAGAUAUCCCCCAAUCCUGAUCGACCAGCCCAACAAGUGCAGCUCCGGUGAAGGAGAGGAGCAAGGCCAGACAUUCCUCUUAUUUGCCAUCAAGUCAAGUCCAAGGAACUUUGAGCAGAGACAGGCAGUGCGGGAGACCUGGGGGAAAGACUGGGUGAAUGAGAGUGGACUACGAGUGCGUACGCUGUUUCUACUGGGACGGUUGUCCCCAGAAGACCCCGACCUCAGCCAGCUGCUGUCAGUCGAGGCCAAGCUGUUUGGAGACCUCCUUCAGUGGGACUUUCACGAAUCCUUUUUUAAUCUGACGCUCAAAAUGAAUGCUCUUCUGAAGUGGUCACUGAAAAACUGCCCCCACGUCUCCUUCGUCUUCAGCGGGGACGACGAUGUAUUUGUCAACACACCAGCGAUGCUCAGCUACCUGCAGUCUCUGGAGCCGUCUAAGGCCUCUCGCUCUUACAUCGGACAAAUUAUAAGCACAGCCUCUCCUCUCAGGGACUCUAAAAACAAAUACUACGUUCCUCUGAGUUUUUAUGAUGGUCCAUACCCUGCUUAUGCCGGUGGUGGUGGUUUUCUCAUCUCAGGGGCUUUGAUGAAACCUUUGUAUUACGUCUCGCAGGUCAUCCCCCUCUUCCCCAUCGAUGACGUAUACACAGGGAUGUGCAUCAAGGCCCUGGAAGUCACUCCUGAGGGUCACAGCGGCUUUCACACGUUUGAUGUCCAGGAGCAGAAUCGUGGGAACAUGUGCGUGCAUAAAAAUCUGAUCCUGAUUCACCAGCGCUCCCCGUGGCAGAUUAAGAGGAUAUGGAAGGGCAUUCACAGCCCCCUGCUGAGAUGUUAAACUGACCGGGAACAGGACUGGUCAGCAAAGUGUGCACUACUACAGGAGCAGUGUGUGUCUCUGCCUCCGUCCCCUUAUUUCUUUCCUACAGUUUCCCCUUCAGUGACGGAGCAGGGAAAAUGAUCUGUCCACUGUUUAUAUCCUGAAAGACGUCAGGAACUUUAAGUAGGCAAGCCUGAUAACCGGAUGCAAAUCUGAUUGCAUUAGGUAAAGACUAUAAAAGUUAUUUUCAGCCUUGCAAUACAGAGGCACCAUUGAUAGGAGAUCAGAUCUUUUCAAGUUUAGAGCCUGAAAUGACGCUAAGCUUGUGGCUGCCAUGAGGACAGGACUCUGUUUUUUUUUUUGUCUUCGAAGAAUGGAGGCUGUAAGGUGUUUUUCAGGUUGUCUUGGGUACGCUGUGUAGAAGUUUAAAAAAAAAAUUGUUGUGAUGGGCAUAAAUUCCUGCCAACACCAAAUAUGAAUAAAAAUAACAAUAAAAAUGC